GUUUUCUCCAUGUUCUGCACGACCUAAGGCUCUCCUUGUUUGUAGCUAAUCUCAACCGUGAUGUACCUGUAUAUAGGCGUAAGCCUUUGAGCAAUACAACUUCAGUUGUCUGCCAUUCGUUAUUUCCCUCUUACAUGGUAUCUGGCGUUCCUCGAUCCAAUUCUUCCGCUGCCCACUCACCACCAAUCGCUCACCGCCGCCAUGGUCUCUUCCUUCUCCUCCUCGUCGUCGACCUCCGACAACUCCGACGCCGAGUCCGUGCUUCCCCACCUGCUCCAAGUCCAGACCGAACCUGCUGCUCCGACGGUUGUCCAUGGGAUCAACAUCCAGUCGCGAGUCCCGCUCGUCCUCGACUUCAACGACGCCAAUUACGUCGCCUGGGCGCGCUCCUUCUCUGCCGUCUUCGGGCAAUACGGUCUCCGCGACCAUGUCGACGGCACCCCCGCCAAGGGCGGCAACGAUUGGGUGCAGAAUGACUGCGCCAUCGUGUCGUGGUUUUACAACCGCAUCUCCCCCGAGCUCCUGUCCAUGGUCUCCGGCGACGCCGACACCGCCUACUCCCUCUGGCGUGGCGUCUGCAACCUCUUCCGCGACAACAAGGACACUCGUGCCGUCUACCUUGGUGCUGAAUUCCGCAACUUCUACCAAGGCGACCUCCCCGUCCUCGACUACUGCUCCAAGAUGAAGGUCAUGGCGGAUCGGCUGGCCGGGCUCGGCGCUCUGGUGAACGACAAAGACCUCAUCUACAACAUUGUGCGCGGCCUCAACCCCCGUCUUCAUCACGCGAUCCCACACAUCACUCUUCGUCGCCGCCUGCCGUCGUUCCUCAAGACUCGAUCCAUGCUUCAGCUCGAGGAACACCGCAUCGCCGAAUCCGAGAAGAUGCAGGCCGCCGCGGCGCUGGUCGCUCAAGCCGCAACCGCCAGCUCCACCUCGUCCAGUGCGCCUCCUGCAGCACCUACGGCUGCACAUAUUCAGGCUGCGGCCACGUUCGUCGCCCACGCUGCCCCGAACGCGCACCCGUCGCAGGGCACUGGCGCCGGGAAACAGCCGGCCACGUUUCCUGCUGCCCCGGCCUCCGGCGGACACUCGUUCCAGUCUUCCUCCAACGCCAAGAAAAAGAAGAAGAAGGGCGCGCCUUCCUCCCAGGCUCCACCGCCGGGCUUCUGGCCCUCCAUGAACCCCUGGACUGGCAUGGUCCAGGCGUGGCCGUUCCAGGCCCCACGCGCUCCGACGGCAGGUGUCCUCGGCCCUAGACCUCCUGCCACAACACCCCAAGCCCACGUCGCCGGUGCUUCCUCUCCGCUGGACCCGCAGCUCCUCGCCACUCUCAACAACAUAUCGCUGCACCAGCCUCAGUCCACCGGCGAGUGGUUCUUUGACACCGGCACCUCCUCCCACAUGUCUCAAGGCUCCGGAUCGACACACCCGGGAGGUGAUUCUCCGCAGUGAUAGCCAGGGCGACCUCUAUCCUCUACAUCCGACGGCCGCUGCACCCACCCACUGCCUCACCGCCCUCUCUGCAGACCUGUGGCACCAACGACUUGGAUACCCCGGGCGCGAGUCUUUCCGUCGUCUUCUUCAGUCCUUUGCAUUCUCUUGUAAUAAAGAUCUCCCUCAUACCUGUCAUGCUUGCCGGAUUGGCAAACAUGUUCAUCUCCCAUUUUCAC